AAUGAAAGAGAAGCAGAGUAGUUGAGAUUCGUUCUGAGACAGAGUUUCGUUUUCACGUUGAUGUUCAACUCAAUAGAGAGGGAUGAAAUUAAGAGUUGACCUUUCAUUGCCAUAAUAAGAGACUCAAAUUGGAAGAUGCAAAUCUGACUCUCUCUUUCUCUGUGAUUUGUUCUUUCCAUUGAUGGCGUGUGAGGAAGUGCUUCAUUCGAGGCCUCUGUUCCUCACGAUCUACACCGUUGUCAUCAUUGGCAUCGUUUUUUCCUCACUCUACGUCUUCUCCGCUAUUCGCUACCCCUCCACCAACCCCUCUUCUUGGUCGCUUUCAAAUGCGGAUGUUCGUCUUGCAGAACAAACGCUCAACGGUUCUCGGUUGCCAACCGGAUAUGCUGUGCCUUCGGUUCCUCCGGAGGCACGAAAUGUGAGGACAAGACCUAUUUUGGAUGUUCCUCCACGCAAUAAAGAGAUGCCACCUUUUCAGGCUUUCAGAUUGACCAAAGAAUUGAUUCAGAAAAGGGUGAAAGAUAACAUUAUAAUAGUGACCUUUGGUAACUAUGCCUUCAUGGACUUUAUUCUGACCUGGGUUCAACAGUUGAAUGAUCUGGAAGUUUCUAAUUAUCUUGUGGGUGCAAUGGACAACAAGUUGUUGGAGGCGCUUUAUUGGAAAGGGAUACCAGUUUUUGACAUGGGUAGCCAUAUGAGUACAGAAGAUGUUGGCUGGGGGUCUCCAACAUUUCAUAAAAUGGGGAGAGAAAAAGUUAUUCUGAUCAACUUGAUCCUGCCUCUCGGUUACGAGCUGUUGAUGUGUGACACUGACAUGGUUUGGUUGAAGAACCCACUUCCAUAUCUCGCCCGUUAUCCUGGAGCAGAUGUUUUAACAUCCAGUGAUCAAGUUGUUCCAACAGUGGUUGAUGAUAGUCUGGAAAUUUGGCAAGAAGUUGGUGCUGCCUACAACAUAGGAAUUUUCCAUUGGAGACCUACCGAGUCUGCAAUAAAAUUAGCAAAGGAAUGGAAAGAACUGCUCCUAGCUGAUGACAAGAUAUGGGAUCAGAAUGGUUUCAAUGAUCUUGUUCACAGGCAGUUAGGACCGUCAGUUGAUGAGGACAGUGGACUUGUUUAUGCUUAUGAUGGAACUCUAAAGCUAGGAAUUUUGCCUUCAAGCAUCUUUUGUAGUGGACAUACAUAUUUUGUCCAGGCUAUGUAUCAGCAACUCAGAUUGGAGCCAUAUGCAGUGCACACAACAUUUCAAUAUGCAGGCACUGAAGGAAAACGCCACCGACUUCGAGAAGCCAUGCUUUUCCGUGACCCACCAGAAUACUAUAAUCCUUCUGGGGGGUUCUUGUCAUUCAAGCCAUCUAUUCCAAAAAGCUUGUUGCUAAGUGGGAACCAUACCAUCGAAUCGCAUUUUACACUUGUUAAUUACCAAAUAAAACAGAUCAGAACAGCACUUGCUAUUGCUUCGCUUUUGAACAGAACACUGGUUGUGCCUCCAUUAUGGUGCAGGGUUGAUAGGCUAUGGUUUCCCCAUCCUGGUGUUUUGGAGGGGUCUAUGACUAGACAACCUUUUCUCUGUCCACUGGAUCAUGUAUUUGAGGUAAAUGUCAUGUUGAAACAACUUCCAGAGGAAGAGUUUGGCCCCGGAAUAGAUAUUAGAGAGUACUCGUUACUUGACAACCCCUCCCUCCCCUCAGAGGUGAAGAAGUCAUGGCUUGAUGUUCAGCUCUGUAAGGAAGGAGCCCAAGAUUGUUUUGCAUCAAAUAAUGCCACUGUUGGGGGAAUACUCAAAUUUCCAAGGCAUAGCAAUGAAGAAACGUACAUGAAAGUAUUUUCCUCGUUCAAGGAUGUAAAAGUCAUCCAGUUCUCUUCAAUGCAAGACGCUUUCACAGGUUUCAGCGACAAGAAAAGGGAGGACAAAUUUAGAAACCGUGUUAAACGGUAUGUGGGUAUAUGGUGCUGCGUGCUUGAUCACACUCCUGGCCACAUUUAUUACGAUAUGUACUGGGAUGAGAAACCUGAAUGGAAGCCUCUCCCUCCUCAAACUUCUGCAGAUGAUCAUCCACCAUGGUGAGGUCAACUUCAGGUUAAUGUUUGUUUCAACACUAAGGACAGGAGAUACAAAGAAGAGAUUUCAUUAAAAGGUGAUUUGGUUUCCAACUCAUUGCCAAGAUCAAGAUUACUCACAGAAGUUCGGAAUCUGUGUCCACAUUGAUGAUGCUAGUUGUUAGAGAGAUGAGAAAAUGUCGUUCUUGUGUAACAAUGGGAAGAGCAUGUAAUUAUUAAAACAGGAACAACUGAUUGCACCAUCCCUUUUCAAAUUUUGGUCACUGUUUAGCAUUAUCUGUUCUGUUGGGAGUAAAAUUCCUAGACUUCCUAAUUGAAAAAAUAUUUUACUGAAGACAAAGUCAGUUAAAA